AUCAGCACCAGAGCCAGCCUGAACACCUCCAGUCAACUUCCCUUACCAGUACAUCUGAAUCAACAUCCAUUCUUUGAAAUCUCACCACAACCACCAUCUUCUUCAAAAUGAAGUUCUUCGCCAUCGCCGCUCUCUUUGCCGCCGCUGCCGUUGCCCAGCCUCUCGAGGACCGCAGCAACGGCAACGGCAAUGUUUGCCCUCCCGGCCUCUUCAGCAACCCCCAGUGCUGUGCCACCCAAGUCCUUGGCCUCAUCGGCCUUGACUGCAAAGUCCCCUCCCAGAACGUUUACGACGGCACCGACUUCCGCAACGUCUGCGCCAAAACCGGCGCCCAGCCUCUCUGCUGCGUGGCCCCCGUUGCCGGCCAGGCUCUUCUGUGCCAGACCGCCGUCGGUGCUUGAGAUGCCCGCCCGGGGUCAAGGUGUGCCCGUGAGAAAGCCCACAAAGUGUUGAUGAGGACCAUUUCCGGUACUGGGAAAGUUGGCUCCACGUGUUUGGGCAGGUUUGGGCAAGUUGUGUAGAUAUUCCAUUCGUACGCCAUUCUUAUUCUCCAAUAUUUCAGUACACUUUUCUUC